ACUUGAAAACACCGCGGAGCGAAACUCCCUCUUGUUGAGGACUGAACUGUCCAGGCGGUCAGCGGCUCUGGACGCAGGCAGACGGCGGCAACACAGACCGGGUUGUAAUGAACCACUGCGGCCUAAAUUCACACCCACCCUCCGUCCCGUAAGAUACCUGGAAGUUUUAAACUUCGCUUCAAACUUUCGGCGGGGCUUCUCAGUCUGAACUCGUUAAGUCGUUUGUCUGGCCGGCCUGUAAACCGAAGCGUCUGUCUCCACAUGUUUCUGCCUUGUUCCUGCUAGUUUCCAAAACAACCAGGUGAACAGGCCGUCUUGGCUUCCCCGGGGACGUGCGCAGGUAGCGGGGUUAGUUUACCUGUACGCACACGGUGACGCACGGAUCUUUUUGACGUUCCCCUUUCGCCCUACGGCUCUCACCCGUAGCCGCCGGAGAACAGCACCGUGGAGCCGCCGAGCACCAGGACGGUCAUGGAUCUAACCGGAGCGAACGACACCAGGCGAAGGGCAGCCAGGAGAAACCCCGCGGUGAUUAACAGGAGAAAAACACCGGUGGAUAUGAUGUACGCCGUCGGUAUUAUCUGCCUCCAAGUUCUGUCCAUCCAGGCUGUCUCCAUCCAGUUCACCAAGGAGCCCAAGUCCCAGGAUGCAUUGCACGGCCGCAGCGCCAUGCUACGCUGCGAGGUCAGCGAUCCGGCCGACAUCAGGUACCGCUGGCUUCACAACGGCCAGCACCUGGAAAACAGCGAGAGGCGCUUUCUGGAGGGCAGCAACCUCAAGUUCACGGCGGUGGAUCGGCAGCUGGACGCAGGAAACUUUGAGUGCGUCGCAGUGAACCUGGUCAGGGGAGAGUCUCUCCACUCAACCGGUGCCUCCUUCAAUAUCAAGUGGUUAGAAAGUGGGGGCGUGACUUUGAAGGAGCCCGCCUCCGAAGGGGAGAUCGAGAGCUCUGCGCUGGUCACGUUGCGCUGUCACAUUGAUGGACACCCACGGCCGACGUGUCAGUGGUUCAAGGACGGGGUGAAGCUGACAGAGAAGAGCCACCAGAUCAACAACAAGGAGAGGAUGCUCACCUUCGCGAGUGCCAGUCCAGACGACAACGGCCUGUACUACUGCUGUGCCAAGAAUGCAGCCGGGCACGUCUGCAGCAACAGCAACUUCACUCUCAACAUUAUAGAUGAGAGUUUCCCGAAGCCGGUGGUCACUCCUGAAGACCAGGUGGUGUUGAGGAACGAGGAGGCUGCCUUCCACUGCCAAUUCACCGCCGUGCCGGACCCCACAUUGGAGUGGUACCAUGAAAAUGAGCUGCUGGUCAACAAGUCUCGUGUGUUCCUGUUAUCCAACGGCACAGUGCUGAUCACCCAGGUGAAGCCCAGGAACACGGGGACCUACAAGUGUGUCGGCCGCGGCCUCAGAGGAUCCUCUGUUACACUGGAAGCCUCCCUCCUCAUAGCUGAGAUAGACGACAUGGUGCCCAAGUUGUCGAAGGUUUUCACAGCGGACACCCUGCAGCGGGUGGCCUGCCGUCCCCCACGCGGCAGACCCGAGCCUGAGGUCUGGUGGGAGAGAGAAGGUCAGCGGGUGGUCAAAGCCAUGGAGGGCAGAGCCAUGAAGGACAGAGUUUACCAGGAUGGCCUGGAUCUGGUCUUCAGUCCCACAGAGGGAGGAGACUCGGGCAUCUACACCUGCGUGGCCCAGAACAGAGCAGGACGCAGGACACAGGAGGUCACCUUCACCGUGGCCACGGCACCAGUGUGGGUGACGAAGCCUCAGGAUAGCCACCUAGAGGAGGGUAAACCAGGUUACCUUCACUGUCACGCUCAGGCCAACCCUGAACCUGAGGUCACCUGGCUCCGCAACAACAUCAUGCUCACACCAGAGGACUCUCGUUUUAAGAUGUUCCCCAACGGCACCCUCAGGAUCAACAACGUGGAGGUGUACGACCAACAGAUGUACGGCUGUGAAACUAAGACCGUGGGCGGCCGACUGUCUGGACAAGCCCGAGUUAUUGUGCUUGAAAAGCUGAAGUUCACGCCGACCCCCCAGCCUUCUCAGUGCCUGGAGCUGGAUAACGAGAUCACCAUCCAGUGCUCCGCUAAAGGAAGAGAGAGCCCCACCAUCCGCUGGACCAAAGCAGACGGAGGAGAUCUACCGCCUCGGGUGGAGCAGAGGAACGGCCAGCUCCACUUCACCAAAGUCACCCGCAGCGACGCCGCCAACUACACCUGUAUCGCCUCCAACAGCCUCCAGGGGGAGAUCAGAGCCCUGGUGACCCUCAUAGUGGCCGUGUACAUUCGCUUCAAGUUGGAACCGGAGAAUACAACGGUGUACCAAGGUCACACAGCCAUCCUGCACUGUCAGGCCACCGGCGACCCCGAGCCUCACAUCCACUGGAUGGUCAAAGACAAGACGCUGGACAUCAGUAAGAACAGGAGGUUCCAGAAGAUGCCCAAUGGUUCCCUGGUGAUUACAGAUGUUACCACAGAUGACACGGGCAGAUACACAUGUGUGGCGGGAAACAGCUGCAGCAUCAAAGACCGUGUGGCUCAGCUUUAUGUAGUGGCAGAAAAACCAUCCACUAACUUUGUCGAGGACGAGGACAAGGCUCCCUACAAGAUGAUCCAAACCAUCGGCCUGUCAGUGGGAGCAGCCGUGGCUUACAUCAUCGUCGUGCUCGGACUCAUGUUCUACUGCAAAAAGAGACGCCAUGCCAAAAGACUGGACAAAGGCCAGGACGGAGAGGAGCCGGAGAUGGAGUGUCUCAACGGAGGGGCCAUUCAACAAAAUGGCCACACCACCGCUGAGAUCCAGGAAGAGGUGGCACUCACCAACAUGGGUACCAUAGCAACAACGGAGAAACGGCACAGCCACGUCAACAACGAUAAGCUCCACUUUCCUCGAGCGAACCUACAAACCAUCACUACUUUAGGAAAAGGGGAGUUUGGCGAGGUGCUGCUGUGCAAAGCUAAGGGUAUGGAGGAGAGCGAGGAGGAGACGGUGGUGCUGGUGAAGAGCCUGCAGACCAGAGACGAACAGCUCCAGCUCGACUUCCGCCGCGAAGCUGAGAUGUUCGCCAAGCUCAGCCACGCCAACGUCGUCCGCCUGUUGGGCCUGUGCAGGGAGGCAGAGCCCCACUACAUGAUCCUGGAGUACUAUGACCUGGGAGACCUGAAGCAGUUCCUGAGAAUUUCCAAAAGCAAAGAUGACAAGGUCAAAUCUCAGCCUAUCAGCACCAAGACCAAAGUUUCCAUCUGUGCCCAGGUGGCUCAUGGGAUGGAGCAUCUGUCCAAUCACCGCUUCGUCCACAAAGACCUCGCCGCCCGAAACUGCAUGAUCAACAGUCAGAGGCGCGUCAAAGUGACGUCGCUCAGCCUCAGCAAGGACGUAUACAACAGUGAGUACUACCACUACAGACAGGCAUGGAUCCCGCUGCGCUGGCUCCCAUCAGAGUCUGUGUUUGAAGACGACUUCUCCACCAAGUCUGACGUGUGGGCCUUCGGAGUGUUGAUGUGGGAAGUGUUCAGUCACGGGGAAAUGCCAUACGCCAAACUCAGUGACGAUGAGGUGCUGGAAGGUCUGCAGACAGGGAAGCUGAAGUUGCCCGUUCCAGACGGCUGCCCCUCCAAAAUCUACAAGCUCAUGGCUCGUUGCUGGGCGCUAAGCCUCAAAGAGCGCCCCUCCUUCACUGAAAUCGUCCAGACCCUGGGAGAGCUGCCCUCUGACAGCAAAGUCUGAGAUGACCAUAACCCCGCAUCAGAGGGAACGUUGACCCACCCCCUUCCCCCCCAAAAUAAAGACAAGAAUGCUGGAUUAUUAGUCUCACACAUUUCAGGGAAGCGGGUUGAGGAGAAGACACUUUUUUUUAAAUAUGCAUUUCAAACUGUGGGAGUGUGGCUAAGACUCCUUUUUGCUACAUCAGCGGAAACGCACUCAUGUUUGUGUGAACGGCUCCUCGUGAGCAGUGUCAGGAGUUAACGUUUGCCUUAACCGCAGCAUGGACGACCCUCCCUGUCGAGUCCCCGUCUGUGGUCCCACUGUGACCCUGCCUGUCUGCGGCCGCUCUGUCCCAGACACACUUUGUUUCCUGGAGCCUCACAACCUCAGUGCCUCUACCCCUGCCACACACACACACACACACACACACACACACACACCAGGACCUCCGAAUGUUAUAGUGAUCUCAUUGGCUCGGAUCAACAGAAAGUUAUUGGUUGGAAGUUUAGGAAACCCCCCCCCCCCCCCUGAAAAUUAGGUUCAAUGCUCUGACGAGGCUGAAAGAAUAUUGAAGGGAAAGUGGGACAUAAUGUGACUUCAGUGGAGCAUUGACGCUUCAACCACUUCGGAGUGAGAUCGUUUCAACUGGUGUGCUUGAGCUUCCAGCUACUCGCCACCAUCCUCCUAAAAGUGUGUGUGUGUGUGUGUGUGUGUGUGUGUGUGUGCGUGCCACUGAACCUUUCCCAUGCUACAGUGUGUACGUUCAAAGAAGAAGUGGAAUAGGGUUUGCAUGAAGGUUCGUCGUCUGUUACGCUUAAUGAUUUUACGACGUGAGGAAACUUGUGGAAAAAGAAAUCCGUGUUAUGGUAACACUUCAGGAACAUGAGAACAAAAAAGAUCAAGUUUAUAGCCAAGGAAUAUAUUGAAUAGAUGAGAUUGUGCCAGUGUGCGCUUUGUAUGUUUUUAUGAGUGUGUUCUUUGUAUUAACUUUGAGGUGCUUGUUGGUCACGACCUAUGGGUUACAACACACAUUUUAAUCUCAUUAACAUUAUCAUGUUGCAGGCAUGCAGCCUCUCACUGUGUUUAACCUGCAACAUCUUUUGUUCAGAGGUCCAAUCACAGUUUUCCCUUCCGGGUCCAAUUGUUUUGUGCAAUGCUGCAAAGUGGACCAUCACACCAGGCAAUGUGUACAUAAUGUAGAAGCCAUGCACUAACUUCACUUAAAAAGAAUAUCCCUCUUUAUCUCUAUCAUGUUGUGUAGUAGGACAUGCAGGUGCCUGUUUAUUUAUGAUGAAGGUCCUGUCUUUUUUUUUUUUUUUUUUUAACUAUGUUUAUAACAGAAAGGUACUUCUCUGAUGCUAUGUAUUCAUUCAGUACAUCUCAAUGCAUGUUCAGCCUGGUAACCAGCUGAAUAUGCAGACACAAAGUACAAAGGAGGUCAAAAGAGUGACUGCGGGUCACCAGUACUCAUUAAGUGCCUGGUAAAUGAAGGAUUAUCUUUAUUGUUUCCCUUUUUACAUUAUCUAAUCAAAUGCAAUGGCCUUUGUUUAUGAACUUGUUUUUAUACGUUGUUUUUAGUGUAAUGUUUUGUUUUUAUGACUCCUAGGAACUCACACCUAGACUUUUUUUUUUUAUCUGCUUCAGCAAAUGUUCACAGUAAUCACAGAUAUAUACAAAAGUAUACAUGCUGCUGUCAAUAAAGGUUCACAGUGUUUUUA